CAGACUGUGCGCACUGUUGACCUCCGCACACAGUGUUGGUUCAUCGGGAUUUCUCAUAAUAGCCUCACUUGAGGAUUUCGCCUUCUUUGCGCUUUCUUUGAGGGGAUAAGUGCUGCUUAACCUCUCCAACUAUAUUUAAUACAAGUAUUAUUAUAACUAAAGGAUACGAGUGAGGACACAGCAUGCUGUCGUCCCUAAAGACCCUGCUGCUGUUCUCGGUCCUGUGCACACCGACCUCCAGCCUGUGCCUCCGUCUCUACCAGACGCGCCCCGACCUCCUCUGCGACGACCAGCUGGCAGUCGGGGUCCGGAAUGACCAAACUGAGCCUGGUUACUCCACUGUGGACGGCUGGGGGUCCCUCAUGCAGUCCGCGGAGUAUCUCUCCUCCUCCUCCACGUCGUCGUCCUCUUUCUCCUCUGCUGAAUCCAGUCGGGAAAAAAGGACUUCAAGUCCCGCAAACUACCGCUUCUUGAGCCGGACCAAGCUCAGGGGCCAGAUGCUCCGCAACAGCAACAAAGGGGACCGGAGGAGCAGACUGACCCUGUCCCUGGACGUCCCGACCAACAUCAUGAACGUGCUCUUCGAUGUGGCCAAGGCCAAAAAUCUGCGAGCCAAGGCGGCGGAGAACGCGCGUCUGCUGGCGCAAAUUGGACGGAGGAAAUGAAACGUGGACAACUUUCAUUUAACAGACAGCCAUGACCAGUGUUGGCCUCUCAAAGUCUAAUAAAUUAGCAUCUCUUAUCAUCCAAGUAAACAUCCAUUUGUUUCUCCGGGGGAACGAUGCCGUGUUUAAUAAUACACAGGCUUUAAAUUAAAUUCAGCUGUUCGCCUGUAAAAGGAAAUAAUCUCACGCCUUCUUUUCUCCAGAUCAAAUCACUGAGACCAUUUCCAACAGCAAAGGCACGUUUACUAUAUAUAUAUAUUCGUAGGAAAGGGAACUUAUGAAAAAGUAGAUAACUAUGGAAAAUGUUUUAAAACCAGGUUAAAUAUUACAGAAGAUAUGAGCGGAUACAUUAGCUGUUGCUGCCUUCUUUUAAAAGUAAUUGAUUGAUUUAUUUUUAAAUAAAUAUGUUUAUUUAUGCAUUUAUUGCGAAUAAUCCACCUAUAUUAAAUUACAAACUUUCUCAAGUACUUUGUUAUAGCAGACAAACAAAGUGACUAAAACACGUCCUCAGCUUUUCGGUUAAAUUAAUGUUUAAUGUGAUUGUUUUGCCCAGACUCAAUAAAUUCAAAUAACUGGACGCGAUGAGCAAAGCAGCUGGUUUUGCUUACAGCAAUAAAUAAAUAAAUAUUAAAAAAUGCAGCACUGUUGCAUAAUCUAAUAAUAAUUUGAUGUCCUGAGAAAUGUUUUUUUUUAUUCCAGGAUAUGUGUUUUUUUUUUCUCU